AUGCCACCUAAUAUGUCACUAGAAUCAUCAUCACUUGUUACGGAUCAAUUUCUUUCACAACAUUAUCUACCAAUAGUGAAUAUACAAAUUUUUAUUAAUGAUGCUGGUACUGAUGAAGGUCAAUCAAUUAAUGUACCUGAUCUAGUUCAACUUACUGGACAACAUGAUAUUGUUGCUUUUGAUAAUGUUGGUGAUGGUAUUGCUAAUGCUGUUGGUAGUAUUGCUAAUGCUGUUGGUGGUAUUGGUGCUGAUGGCAUCGUUGCCCAUGUCGCCACUUUUUUAACAACUGCGUCGCAGUUACGCUCGAACAUAUGGGUUGGUGUUCUUCCUAAUGGGAAAAUCAACAACGACUUAUCAGUAUCAACGUUAUCAACAUCUGGCGCACCACCUUCAUCACCAUCUUUAUCAUCAACCACAUCAAUCACAGCAACAAUAUUCAUAUUAAUAUUAUUAUUUUUUUUUGGCCUUUAUCCAAAUAUUAUAAUUGUUAAACCACAUGAUAUCAAAUGGCUUAUACGUGAACCUGGUAAUAUUGAUAAUAAUUCAUCAAUAGAAAAAUAUUAUCGUUGUAAUGGCCCUAUUGUAAUUAUUAAAAUUUAUCGUUAUCAAAUUGUUUCUCCACAACAAAUUCAAACAAUAGCAACCAACAAUAAUAAUAAUUCACAUUGUAUGCAUUUUGUUUAUCCAUUACUCAAUUAUGUUUCAGCUAGCACGUCUGGUAAAAAUUUUCAUUGUGUAUCAAGAGUGCAAUCGGGUGUGAGUCUAAAAAUGUUAUACCCGAUAGACUCUAGCUGUCAUAGGUCUAAAUAAUACUAAUCCCUUACAUCAUUAUAUCUCAUCCAUAAUCGAAUUUCUUCUAAAGAUUUUCCAAAUUUAAUCGAAAGUUCUUCUGCAAGAGAUCGAACUCUUUGAUAUUGACUAACAACAUAUGAACAAGCUAAAUAAUGUCGAAGUGUAUUCGAUGUUACUGAAGUUGAAGAAUUAUUUGAACCUAUAAAAUAUUACAAAAAAAAAAAAAUUGUUUUUUUUUUAUUCAAAUUUUUACCAGACGUGCUAGCUGAAACAUAAUUGAGUAAUGGAUAAACAAAAUGCAUACAAUGUGAAUUAUU